CAUGUGGGUGCUUCUGUAGUAGUAUCUGAACUGGGUGGACGUGCACCUUUUACUGUAACAAGGAAGCCGGUGUUAGAGCAUCAUGUCAAAACCGUUGUCAGACCACGAUAAAAGGAAGCAGAUCUCCGUGAGAGGUCUUGCCGGUGUGGAAAAUGUCGCAGAACUGAAGGUCGCUUUCAAUAGGCAUCUCCAUUUUACACUGGUCAAGGACAGAAAUGUGGCAACCAAACGGGAUUACUACUUUGCUCUCGCCAACACCGUGCGCGACCACUUGGUGGGCAAGUGGAUCAGAACCCAGCAGUACUACUAUGAGAAAGAUCCCAAACGGGUGUACUAUAUCUCCCUGGAGUUUUACAUGGGUCGCACCCUGCAGAACACUAUGGUGAACCUGGCCCUGGAGAACGCCUGUGAUGAGGCCGUAUACCAGCUGGGUUUGGACAUGGAGGAGCUGGAGGACAUGGAGGAGGAUGCUGGCCUGGGAAACGGUGGUCUUGGUCGUCUUGCCGCAUGCUUUCUGGACUCAAUGGCUUCUCUGGGCCUUGCUGCCUAUGGCUAUGGUAUCCGCUAUGAGUUUGGCAUCUUCAACCAGAAGAUUGUCAAUGGCUGGCAGGUUGAGGAGGCCGAUGAUUGGCUGCGUUACGGCAACCCUUGGGAGAAGGCCCGCCCCGAGUACAUGCGUCCCGUCAGAUUUUAUGGCAGGACCGAGCACACCCCAGAUGGUGUGAAAUGGGUUGACACUCAGGUAGUGUUGGCUCUGCCAUACGACACCCCUAUUCCCGGCUACAGAAACAACAUUGUCAACACCAUGCGACUGUGGUCUGCUAAGGCCCCAUGCGACUUCAACCUGAAAGACUUCAACGUUGGUGGCUACAUUCAGGCUGUGUUGGACAGAAACUUGUGUGAGAACAUUUCCCGUGUGCUGUACCCCAACGAUAACUUCUUUGAGGGCAAGGAGCUUCGUCUGAAGCAGGAGUACUUUGUGGUGGCUGCCACUCUGCAGGACAUCAUCCGUCGUUUCAAGGCCUCCAAGUUUGGCUCCAGAGAGAUCGUCCGCACAGACUUUGCCGAGCUGCCGAACAAAGUUGCCAUCCAGCUGAAUGACACUCACCCUGCCAUGGCUAUUCCUGAGCUGAUGAGGGUCCUGCUUGAUGAGGAGAAGCUGAGUUGGGACAAGGCCUGGGACGUGUGUGUCCGUACCUGUGCCUACACAAACCACACCGUGCUGCCUGAGGCCCUGGAGCGCUGGCCCCUUGACCUGUUCCAUCAUCUGCUGCCCCGUCACCUGGAGAUCAUCUUCGAGAUCAACCGUCGCUUCUUGGAGUAUGUUGCCUCUAAGUACCCUGGCGACAAUGACCGCCUGCGUCGCAUGUCCCUGAUUGAGGAGGGCGGAUGCAAGAAAGUCAACAUGGCUCAUCUGUGUAUCGUUGGUUCCCAUGCUGUCAACGGCGUGGCCCGCAUCCACUCUGAGAUCCUCAUCGCCACUCUGUUCAAGGACUUCUAUGAGUUGGACCCACACAAGUUUCAGAACAAGACCAACGGGAUCACCCCCCGUCGCUGGCUGGUUAUGUGCAACCCCGGCUUGGCAGAGGUCAUCGCAGAGAAAAUUGGAGAGGAGUUUGUCCGUGACCUUGACCAGCUUAAGAGACUGUUGAAGUUCAUUAAUGAUGAUUCUUUCAUCCGUGACAUCGCCAAAAUCAAGCAGGAGAACAAGCUGAAGUUCGCUGUGCACCUGGAGGAGCACUACAAGGUCAAGAUCAACCCGCAGUCCAUGUUUGACUUCCAGGUCAAAAGAAUCCACGAGUACAAGCGACAGCUGCUCAACUGUCUGCACAUGAUCACUUACUAUAACCGUAUCAAGAAGGAGCCCAACAAGCACUGGACCCCAAGAACAAUCAUGGUUGGAGGAAAGGCUGCACCAGGCUACCACACAGCCAAGAUGAUCAUCCGUCUCAUCACAGCUAUCGGUGAGGUUGUCAACCACGACCCCGUUGUCGGCGACCGCCUCAAAGUCAUCUUCUUGGAGAACUACAGAGUCACCCUGGCUGAGAAAGCCAUCCCCUCUGCCGACCUGUCUGAGCAGAUCUCUACAGCUGGCACAGAGGCCUCUGGCACUGGCAACAUGAAGUUCAUGCUGAACGGCGCUCUGACCAUCGGCACCAUGGAUGGAGCCAACGUGGAGAUGGCCGAGGAGGCCGGAGAGGAGAACCUCUUCAUCUUCGGCAUGAGAGUGGAGGAUGUGGAUGCAAUGGAUGCCGGCAAAGGAUACCACGCCUCUGAGUACUACAACCGUAUUCCCGAGCUGAAGCAGGCCAUGGACCAGAUCGCUGGUGGCUUCUUCAGCCCCAAGCAGCCUGACCUCUUCAAGGAACUUGUGGACCUGCUGAUGCACCACGACAGGUUCAAGGUGUUUGCUGACUAUGAAGCCUACAUCAAAUGCCAGGACAAGGUCAACCAACUGUACAAGAACCCCAAGGAAUGGACCAAGAUGGUGAUCCAUAACAUUGCGGGCUGUGGUAAAUUCUCCAGCGACCGCACCAUUGCCCAGUAUGCCCGAGAGAUCUGGGGCAUGGAGCCCAGCCUGGAAAAGAUCCCUGCCCCCGAUGAGCAACUAAAAUAAGCUGUGCGUCCACUCCACAGGGCUCCCUUCUCGACCACUUACUUACCCCACCCGCUCCACGCUACUGCUGUUAGGAGAUAAGCACCAUUAAAUAUGUCUGAGGGAAAUGGCAAAUCGUUUCUCAAAGCAAUUGAAUGACUGUAGUAAUUGAUGCCUGUAAUCCCCUGUAGCUCAGUUGGUAGAGCAUGGCGCUUGCAACGCCAGGGUUGUGGGUUCGUUUCCCACGGGAGGCCAGUAUGAAAAAUGUAUGCACUCACUAACUGUAAGUCACUCUGGAUAAGAGCAUCUGCUAAAAUUUCUGAAAUGUUUUUAAAAAAAUGACUGUCUCACUAGUUUGUCUCAUACACAGUUCUGUCUAUUCACAUGGCUCAUACCUUAUCGUGACAUGCCUUAGCGAGAAAUUAUGCAAUGCCUUCUGUUGUGGAGAAGACAUAAGAGUUGUGUGGUGGGUUUUGUGUUUAGUUGUGCAUUCUGGAGUGUAUCUUUAUGUAUGUAGGCUUGGAUCCAUUCUGAAUGAGUUUCUGUGGUCUUAAAUGCAAGAGUAGGUUGAGCUAUAUGAUUUUAUCUUAGCUUGAAUGCUGUCAAUAUCGUGCAUGCAUUCUCAUAGCAUAGACUCUAGUCAAUGAUGAGAACCAUCAUUCUCUUAGGGUACUGCCAUGAUUGUAACAUGUUUUCCCCUCUGAGCGAACUAUAGACACUGGGCCUGAUCGGACAGCUCAGCGCUUCUGCUCUUUUCUGUCCAUAAAACACAUGGAUGGGUUUGCCCCUCUACCUUAUAUGUAUGUCAGUGGAGGCUGGUGCGGGGAGGACGGCUCAUAAUAAUGGCCGGAACGGAUUAGAUGGAAUGGCUUCAAACACCUGGAAACCAUGUGUUUGAUGUAGUUGAUACCAUUCCACCUAUUCCACUCCAGACAUUAAAACAAGCCCGUUCUCCCCAAUUAAGGUGCCAGCAACCUCCUGUGAUUUCUGGUGCCUAACCCUCUGAGGGGACAUAGGCCUGCAUUAAUAUGUUGAUCUGAAUCUACCACAGAAGGGCUGCUGAGGGGAGGACGGCUCAAAAUAAUGUCUGGAAUGGAGUGAAUGGAAUGGUAUCAACUACAUGGAAACCAUGGAAACCAGGUGUUUGAUGUGUUUGAUACUAUUCCGUUCCAGACGUUACUAUGAGCCUGUCCUCCCCAAUGAAGCUGCAACCAGCCACCUGUGGAUCUAUUCUUUUUACUCAAUUGGGUAGAAAAAAACAAUGUUAAACAGCUUUAUGUUUGUCAACUGGUGUAUGUUUUGUCUUUGCCUGAAGAAACCAACGUACCCGUGUAGUCUAUUUGAAGGCCUCUGAGGGCUAGCCUGGGAACCAGAGAAACAGAGCAGUGGAGGGGUGGGAUAACACAGCUGCUCCACAGUUGGAGGAACCAUGUCAGUGUUUUGAUGUUGAGACCCACAUCAUGGCCUGUCAGUGUUCUGAAACCCAGCUCUCUGUUUGUUUCACCUUACGGCUGUCAAUAAUGCCAACUGUGGCCAACGAAGCCCCAUCCUUCCCUGUCUUUUCAGGAUGUUCUUGUCUAGCUAUACAAACACAAUAAAGUAUACUAGACACUAA